AUGAGGCACGCCACCGGCUCAAUGCAGCAUGUGCAGGUGGCCUCCUCUGUGGUGACGUCCUUCAACCUGCUGAAGCCUCCGGACAGGGACCACAGCUUGUUCUCUCAGAUGAAGUCCAUCAAGUCUCUGAGACAGGCCGGCAUCACCGCUGUCUUCACUGGACAAACGAGGGGGGAGCACGAGGCUGAGCUGAUAGAGCUGCCCUUGGAGGAGGUCAUCCUGGCCGACAUCGACUCUCUGGUGCCCACCCACGACGAGAGCGGCCGGCCAAUCGCGGAGUGGAAGAGGCAGGUGAUGGUGCGCCAGCUGCAGGCCAGGCUACAGGAGGAGGAGGAGGAGGACAGGAUACAGGAAGGCGCUAACGGCCAUGCGGAGGUGGAGGGUUGGAAGUUCUCCCCGAUCCACAACGCCAUCCUGAGCCCCUUUGGCGAGCUCCUGACGGAGGCCGACCUGGAUUACCUGGAGCGUCAGAUGGAGAACGCGUCCAUGCAGACGCGCUGCCGGGCCUACGAGCUGGAGCUGGCCCGCCUCACUGAGGAGCUGAGGGCCAUCCUGCCCGACCCCAUCGUCAACAUCACCGUCAACACCGAGUUCCUCCGGCAGAUGGACGCCGAGGGACACCUCCCCUUACCGGUGUGGUGUAGCCGUGUCUCUGGCGUCGUCAGGAACAUGUCCUACCUCCUGAGCAGCCUGACCAGCCGCAGCGAGACGGAGGAGGAGGGGCAGGGGCCGGAUGUGGCCCCGAGGCCCGAGCCCGAGCCGGGGGAGGGUGUCGGCGCGUGCAGGAUACCUCACAUUGGGAUGGCGUCCGCUUUCAGUUACCGUCUGGAGAGUCAGAGCUACAGCAAGGGGAGGAGAGAGACAGUGGAGAGGGAGAUCCAGCAGUCCGGGGUGUCGGUCAGGAGCCUGAGGUCCAAUUUUGAGGGUCAAAUCGGGGAACUGUAUCCUUUCGCGGGGUUUCUGAAUGCUUCCCAACGCUUGGGUGACAAGGGGAGCCAAGGAGGGGUCAGGAGUGGGAGGGUGGUGGAGUUGGCUGAGGUAGAGAACCAAAGCUCUUACAGCACGGGCUGGGAACUGAGCUGCCACGACGCCCCAGCACCUCGGGUGAUGGAGACCACCAGCCUCAGGAAGGAGCGUAUCGUGGUCUUGUUCCUCAGCCACUGGAAGAAGUCAGCCUACGCCAUCACCAUGAGAGCCAAGGUCAGACAGGAGGGCGCCGCCAGGGCAGAGGCCCUGACGUCGUCAGCCCAGGCCCAACCCAGGAUCAGCUCCAUGUUUCACGUCUGCCGCCAAAGAACCGCCGUGGAGAAGAUGCUCAACUCAUGGAGAAGUUUUAAAUCCGGCAACAGGUGCACUCCCACGGUCCCCCCUCUCCAGGUCCAGCGGCACACUCACUCUCCCGAACACUUUCUGCCCGAGGUUGACGGGCUUCCUACGACCUACGACAGCUUGACCCUUGACCUCUUCAUGCUGGGCUACUUUCACAUCCUGGAGCAGGAUCUAUCUGCCGAGGAGAGGAAGAUGCGGCACCUCCUCUGCUUUGAGGUGUUCGACCACGUGGGCAGCUUCCCCUGGGAGACCGUCAGGGACUUCCACAAGGCCGUGGUCCAGGAGAUCCAGGCUGGAAACCGCCAGUGGAGCAACGGCUUUGAGGACAUCAAGGCACGCUUCUUUGGCAAUGCCGCAGUAACACCCAGGUGCCACCUAGGGGGCGCCAGAGAGUGCCAGUGCCUUUUGUCCCAGGACAUCAGACUGGUUCCCAAGGUCAUAGUUCACACUGCCACUCCAGAUGAGGACGAGGUGCUCAGGUGCAGCAACAGCACAGACUUCUCCUGUUUCAGUAACAACGACAUCUGUAAAUACAUCGAUCGCAGCUUCGCCUUCUGGAAAGAGAAGGAAGCUGAGUUGUUUGACUUUGAACACUAGUUCUGUUCUUUUGAUAUUUUUGUAAUGUCCUGCUAUGGUUUGUUGAUCAAAAUGUCCUUAAGUGA